CUCCCGUCGAGGCAGAGAUGCAUGGGCACAUGCCGGGGGGUGACGCUUCGCACCAAGCGGCACCACCGGGAGCGGCGGCGGCGGCGGCGCGAACGGCUUCCGCCAGAGCGCCGUCCCCGGCAGCAGCGUCAUCAGGAGCGGCGACGGCAGUGGUGGCUUCGGACAGAGCUCCGUCGGCAGCAGCUGGAGUGGCGACCUCGGCCAGAGCUCCGGGGGGGGGCGGAAACGGCGACCGCGGUGACGGUAGUAGCGGCCGCAGCAGCAGCGGCGACGGCGGAGAUGGCGCGGCCUGGCAUGGAGCGUCAACGCAUCCAUUUGACAGAGGGAAGCUNGAAGCCAGGCGUGGUGUAUGGCAGCACUGGUGGAUUUCAGCAGCAGCCGCAGCAAUCAUAGCAGGCGGCCGGCUCCACCCGUGNGCAGUGGUGGCUUCGGACAGAGCUCCGUCGGCAGCAGCUGGAGUGGCGACCUCGGCCAGAGCUCCGGGGGGGGGCGGAAACGGCGACCGCGGUGACGGUAGUAGCGGCCGCAGCAGCAGCGGCGGCGGCGGCGGCGGCUUCGGCAGCAGCGACGGCGGGAGCGGCAGCAGCGACGGCGGGAGCGGCGCCACCGGCAACGGCAGCAGUUUGAGCGGGGAUGAGAGGGCGCGCGAGCGGGGGAAGAGUUUACCCUUGUCUGUUUUCCCCCCGCCAACCCACCCCUCCGGUGCCCCCCGCAGCGCCACACCUGCAGCGAGCCCCGGCGACGUACGCGCAAGCUAACGCGGGGCGGGCGCAGCGUAAUUUGGAGAGUAAAGGCGAAGCGGAAGACGGAUAUUUGGCUCCGGUGGACACCCUCGAGUCGACCGAGCAGGGCGAGGAUAUGGUGGCACCGACUACCUCACCAUAUUUGCGCCAAAUUGGAGACCAUGUGAAAUAAUAACGGGUUUGUUUGGGUUUCGUGUGGAGGCAUUGGCAUGUUGACUUCACGUUGUUCUGUUCUUUGUGGUUUUUAUUUUUGUCGUUUCAUGUCGGGUUUUUCCCCGUUGCGCCGAAGACGAGAAAUUCAUCCAGGAAUCGCCUCCGAGAGACAAUGCGUUCAUGUGUACGGCAUCCCCGUUUGUGGUUGAGUAAUUUUUUUUUCUGGGAUUUGACUUGUUGUGUUUCGGACCCGAAUUUGUGUAACAUGCGAAUUCAGUGACAACUGUCGAACUGCUGUUUGUACUGCUGUCAAGAACCAUGCGGGGGGGAUUUGUGUACCAUGUUUCUAGCCGCAGUACCAGCAGAGCAGAGUGCUUUCGUCGAGUUCUGUUCAAGUUGGAUAUGUUUCGUCAUGAUUUUCUUGGCGUUUUCUUCGUUCUGCUGUGUUUUGCGUCAAGAAUCAGGCGGGAAGGAAAUAUGUUGUCAUAUUUCCAGACGCAACACUAGCGAAUGCGUAUAUGCUUUUCUUGUGUUUGCAGGGCGUGUUUAAGCUGGGGGGCUGUUUCAUACACUUCGAUGUUUUGGGAUCUUCUGAUGGUUGAAUAGGAGGGGAAGAAAACGCAGGCAGAUCUGUAUGUAAGUUUCGGGGAAAUGUUCCAGCUGGGGGGCUGUUGCGUAUUGAAAUUGG